CAGUUUGAUUUAUGACAGAAGUGGAGGAGAAAGAGUGUGUUUUCCACAGGCAAGUUGCACCCAGUCUGUUGGGGGAGCGUGUGAGGCACAGAGAGAUUGGAGAGUUGUCUUGUGGACUAAGCAAUACAGAGACAGAAAAAAGGAUUGUCUAGAGUGACUUCAGAGUUAUAGAGAAGAGAGGAAACCAUUUGGUUAGAGAGCAGUUUGUGUUUGUAAGCAGCGCAAUCAACAGCUGCCAUGGGUGAAAUGGAACAGAUGAAGAAGGAGGCCGAAGGUCUGAGGACACAGAUCGAGGCGGCUCGCAAAGCAGUCCAUGACACGGAUAUGGCUGCUGCCGCUGCUGGGGUGGCACCUGCCCCUCGGGUCCAACUCAAGACCAGGAGGACACUGAAGGGCCACCUGGCCAAAAUCUACGCAAUGCACUGGGCUACAGACAACAGGCUAAUGGUCAGUGCAUCACAGGAUGGCAAACUCAUUAUCUGGGACUCUCACUCUGGUAAUAAGAUCAAUGCUGUUCCUCUCAAGUCCUCAUGGGUGAUGACCUGCGCAUACGCUCCUUCUGGAAACCUUGUGGCCAGUGGUGGUCUCGACAACAUGUGUACUAUCUACAACUUGAAGACACCCGUAGUCAAGACUUUGAAAGAAUUGGAUGCUCACCAAGGUUACUUGUCCUGUGCACGCUUCCUAAGUGACAGUGAAAUUAUCACUUCUUCUGGUGAUACCACAUGUGCUCUGUGGGAUUUGGAGACUGGCAAGCAAAAGACAGUGUUCCUGAACCACAUUGGUGACUGCAUGUGUCUGUCUCUGUCUCCUGACAUGAACACAUUCAUUUCUGGUGCUUGUGACUCUCUGGCCAAGCUGUGGGACAUCAGAGACGGCCAAUGCAAGCAAACGUUCCAGGGUCACACCAGUGACAUCAACGCCAUUUCGUUCAUUCCCAAUGGUAAUGCAGUUGUAACUGGCUCAGAUGACUGCACAUGCAAGAUGUAUGAUAUUCGCUCCGAUCAGGAAGUGAUCAGCUACCAGGAUGCUCAGCUGAACAGUGGCGUUACAUCACUGGCUCUGUCCAUCUCUGGCCGUCUCAUCUUUGCUGGCUAUGACGACUUCAACUGCAAUAUCUGGGACUUGCUAAAGGGCGAGAAAGUGGGAGUGUUGUCUGGCCAUGACAACAGGGUGAGCUGCACUGGAGUACCAGGGGACGGCAUGUGCGUUUGCACUGGCUCAUGGGACAGCUUCCUGAAGAUCUGGAACUGAGCUGAACCUGGAGCAAAAAACAAGAGAGAAUGAGAAAGAAACAAUUGGUAAAGAUUGAGUCAGCGGAGAUGGAAUGAAAUGGUGAAAUUCCAAGCGACAAAGAAUCUCUUUAUUUCACACAUCUACCUGUAUAUGUGUGUGAUUUCUGGAAGACUGGAAUUUAUUAGAGUAUUACAACUGAAAAUGUAACUGUACAAAAAUAACACAGGAAGGCUGCGUUAAUGAUAUCAUAACAUUACAUUACAUAAAAUAGUAACAAAGUCACACUGGAAAGCAGUGUAAAAAAUGAAACUAAAUAAUCAAGAAUUUAAAAUAUAGUAUUUUUUGGACUCUUAAAACCCUCUAUUAAUAGAUUUGGAUGUAUAUUUUUCUUUUUUUAGAUGCUAUGAUAGAAUGCAGAGUAACUAUUCAGUGACUUUUUGCAACACCAACAUUGUCUGACUGUCUGAGAUCCGAUAUUAUGGCUCUUUGAUGAUGUCUGCAACUGUUACAUGGCAUACAGUGAAAAUAAAUUGAUUUCUACAGACUUCCCUUUACCAAACUUCGCAAAGCCCUCAAUUUGACAAAAUGUUGUUAUACCAAGAGAAACAAUGUCUUUGAGUCUGUAUUUACCUCUUUCAUUGUUUUGUAGGACUUUUGCAUACAAGAAAGUUCCUGUCGAGCAUUGCAGUGGCUACUUGAUACCUUUCUAAUAAACAUAGUGUUCUGCAUUAAACAAAA